AUGACUACCGAUCCAAUAUCAUUGGAUCCGAGGAGUCAGGCCUGGGGAAGCGAAUGGCUGAUAAGAACAACUCCUGGUGGUCGUUUCCCGAACCCCAGGUGGGUUAUCAACGUAUCAAGCCCGGACAGCUUAUUGGCGAGGCGGAAAUGCUUCUUAUCAGCGGAGGUCAGCGCAACGACGCCUAUUGGCCCGAGUCGGGAGCGGACGAUGAUAAGAAACCGUAGACUAUCAGAUAAGGAGGUCAGCCAAGUCAUGGAUUGGUUUGUUGGUGCAGCCUGUCGCUCUGCCAAGAGCUCCAUGGCUUUAUGGGGAGCAGACUUGAUGAUAGCGCUCUAUCAGUUACUACAUUACUUACUCGAUCCUGCCACUAAUGCUUUGGGGGAACCAACUGAUCUUGCUUUGCAUCUGAGGUAUGCCAGAUCUCAGUACUGUGCGUAG